AUGACGACCCAGGAACCAGGCGGCAACGAGUCGCCGCGCCACGCUCCGAGCCCGCAUCGCGAAGAUGGGCCGUACGUGCUGCGUCCCCUGCUGGACAAUGUUCCUCUGUCAGCGGACGGACCACAGGACGGCAUAAAGAUUAACUGUGUCGAAUAUUUUGAUGGCAACCUUUACGUCGGCACGUCUGCAUCCGAGCUGCUUCACUUCGUCAAGAUACCUCCCGACCCCUCGGACAGAUCCGCGCGAGCCGUAUUCAUCCUUGCCUCGAGACUGUCGCCCCCCUACGUCGAAGCGCCAGGAGCUCUCCCCAACACUCGGCCCGGCAUACAGCAGAUCCUCCUCCUGCCCAUGGUAGGCAAGGCCUGCAUCCUGUGCAACUCCACUGCCACGUUCUACUCUCUCCCCGAGUUGAGUCCGGUGUCUGGCACCGGCCAGGUCAAGAACUGCAAUUGGAUAGGCGGUGUCGACUUGAACGAGGCCCCCACCGAGAGCGCGACUGAAGUGACGAUACUCCUCUCCUUGAAACGGCGCAUACAAGUCGUACGAGUCGGGGAAGGGAUACAAGCCCUCAGAAACAUCGAUUACGCUGGCAGUGCGUUUACGCUCCGCCGCGACUCGAUAGCAUGCGUUGCCGAUGCGAGGUCGUACGCGCUAUUGGAUGUUGAGAGGCGGCUGAAGAUCCCGCUCAUGAGUGUAUCGUCGUUGGAUGAGCCGCCACCCCCAGAGCAGGUCGGGCAAGUACAGUCUCUGUCUUCCGACACAACCGGGGGCAUCGUUCGUAGCGCUUCUUCCGCCGAGAAUCGCCCAACCUCUACCGCUCAAAGCCACAGUCGUAGUGUGAGCUUGGGAGCGUCCAUAACAGCGUCCCCAACUCCCGACGAGUUCCUUCUCGUGAUUGGAACCAGUCCAUCAGAUCCUGGUAUCGGCAUGUUUGUCAGUCUAGAUGGGGAUACAACUCGAUCAACUCUUGAGUUCGAGCAAUACCCGCGGCAAAUCGCGGUUGACGGCAAGCAGGCGGACCUAGUCUCAUCCCGCUCCGGCUACGGCGAAGAAGAAGAAGGCUACGUGCUGGCUUCGAUGACGAAAAAAUCCACAGAUGACGCUGGCGCUAUCCACGGUCUGGAGAUUCAGCGCUGGGAUGCUGGCGAGGAGGCGAAUCCAGAGAGACACUGGCUAGUGCCCCAUGACUUCAAGGAUCCCAAUCCAUAUGGGAUACGCUCCUUGGUAGGUCACGACGAGAUCCACUUUGAAGAGAUCGUGGAGAAGCUGAGCCUCACGCGAUUUUCACCGUUUCCGGGCCCUAUCGAGGCAUCUACAACAUCGCUUAAGAGCUCAGAUUCCCGGACAGCACUAUCUAUCGAACGAUUGUCCAAGGAGCGGGAGCUGUUUGAACGCGAUGACUCUCAAGAUGAAGAGUCACUCCCGGACGGUUGGGAGGCUGCACGGAAGUCGGAAGGAGAAGAGUUCACGCGCCGGCUAGCCAAGGCGGAGGUCAAGCUGGCAGUGUGGUGCCGCGAGCAGAUAUGGUGGGCCGCCCGGAACCCGCUGAUCGUCCAACUCGACUCCGUCCUUGAUGCCUCGUGCCCAUAUGGUUGCACAGACCCGAGAGGCAUAGACCGCCAUGCUAUCUUCACCAUGCUCGGCUCAAUCCGCGGGCGAGAUGCCCGAACCGAGCUUGAGUUCUUGACGCUUGGCUACCUACGACAGAAGGCUGGCCUUUUACUGCUCAUCAGUCUCUUGACUUCGUCCGAGUCGGAGCGAUUGUCAGAUGGCGAGAUGAGUGCCCUCGAGGAGGUUCUGGUGGACAGCAAACUCGACCCAAGAGUUGUUCUGUCCUUGAUACCUGGCGUUCGCAAUGAAAUCGUCGAGGGCCGCCGUGGCACGUGGAUUUAUGGCGGCGUUCGAACCGUGGCAGAAGCAUUCCUGCGAAAUACAUCUUUUGACGAAAUCGCCAAAGGAGGCAUCAGCAGCGUGUCGUUGAGAGUGAUGAACUUCUUGCGGCGCUUCCUGUCUGCUUGGAGGAAAAUGAAGGGCUUUGGUAGCGUCCCGGACGAACACGACGUGUUUCGGACCGUCGAUGCUGCCCUUCUGACGGUGCUCCUCGAGCUGGACCAGCCUUCGCGGCGAGGCGCUACAAGCGGCUCUACCGUUCGAGCCGAGCUAAAUGACCUCGUCGACAAGGGCGUCGACUGCUUCGAUCGAGCCGUCGACCUCCUCGAAUCGUAUCACAGACUCUUUGUCCUCAGCCGGCUGUAUCAGAGCCGAAAGCGGUCGAGCGACGUGCUGGCCACCUGGAGGAGGAUCGUGGAAGGAGAGAGAGACGACGGCCAGGAACUGGUCGAUGGUGAGAGGAGAGUCCGGGACUACCUCAGAAAGAUUAGCAGCCAGAGCCUGGUUCAGGAGUAUGGCAUAUGGCUCGCACGGCGCAACCCGAGGUUGGGUGUCCAGGUGUUCGCAGAGGACGGCGCGAGGGCUCCCAAGUUUGAGCCGAGUCGGGCAGUCGAGAUCCUCCGGCAAGAGGCACCAGACGCCGUCAAAUACUACCUGGAGCAUCUCGUCUUCGGCAAGGGGCACACGGCGUACGUGAACGAGCUGAUCACGUACUAUCUCGAUGUGGUCUUGGGCGAUCUUGAGUCAUCGGCUGCGAGCAGAGAAGCCGUCAUGUCGGCGUACGAUUCAUACCGCGCGCUGCAAGCGCCAAAGCCGACGUACCAUCACUUCCUGAGAGAAAACGCGCCCGAAAACGACGAAGUCUGGCAGAGUCGCCUGCGGCUUCUUCAGCUCCUCGGCGGGGCGCACGAGUACGACUCCGCAGCCAUCAAAGCCCGCAUCACGAGCUUGCCGGGCGACCUUCUGGUGCCGGAGACAAUCAUCCUGGCGGGCCGCGAACGACAUCACGAGGACGCGAUCCGACUGCUGGUGCAUCGGUUGGGCGACUACGACACGGCCGUCGCGUACUGUCUCCGCGGCGGCACCAGCGUCUAUGUCCCGCCGGAGAACCGGCGGCGUGGAGACAGCCUGCCGGAGCUGGAGCAGCAAGAACGCCUGUUCCAAGUUGUCCUGCGCGAGUUCCUCACCAUCGACAACAUGGGUGAUCGUGUCGAACAGACGAGUUCCCUGCUGGAGCGAUUCGGCGGCUGGUUCGAUGUAGUGGAGGUCCUGCAGCUCGUCCCGGACAGCUGGUCCGUCGAAGUAGUCGCCGGCUUCUUGGUCGGCGCGAUGAGGCGGCUGGUGCGCGAGAAGCACGAGAGCAUGAUGACUCGCGCGCUCAGCGGGGCCGAGAACGUGCGCGUCAACUACGACGUGGUAGUUGGAAUGGAGGAGAAGGGGCCCACGAUAGAGGCGGCCAACUGA